AUGCGCACAGCAUGCCUCAGGGCUGCCAGUUCGGCCAGCAGACUCGCCCGCUCCACCUGCGUCGCCCAGCUCUCACGUCCCCAACUGGCAGGAAGCUCUCCGCGCGCAAUUGCCUCCAAAUCAGCGCAGCAUCUGCAGAAACGCGCAUUCCAGCAGAAUGCUACUCCGGCCAGCCAGGCUGCAGCAGCGGCUGUGGAGGCAGCAGACGAUGUCUUCGAUACGCCGCCCCAGCAACUCUCGUCUGCGAAACCGAUCGAAGCGCUCGAUACAUUUCCCCGACGACACAUUGGACCCUCUGCAGAGUCGACAGCGGCCAUGCUGAGGGCACUGGACCCACCCGCCGCCAGUCUGGAUGAGUUUGUCAAGCAGGUCAUUCCCGCCGAUAUCCUCUCCUCGCGCGAGAUCAAGAUUGGCAAACUGAGCCAACACCACAAGGGCAAGUGGCAGAGCGACGGCGUGCCUGAAUCUGUCUUUCUCAAGAAUGCGAAGAGGAUCAUGGACCAGAACAAGCCAGGCAAGAGUCUAAUCGGCCAGGGAUACUAUGGCACCAAAGUGCCAGAGGUCAUCAAGAGAAAUGUGUUCGAGAACCCUCAGUGGUACACCAGCUACACACCCUACCAGCCUGAGAUCAGUCAGGGAAGACUGGAGAGUCUGCUCAACUUCCAGACCAUGGUGUCGGACUUGACGGGCCUCAGCAUUGCGAAUGCGUCAGUGCUGGAUGAAUCGACUGCGGCGGCAGAAGCCAUGACAAUGAGCAUGGGAAUGAUGCCAUUGAGCAAGCAGAAGAGCAAGAACAAGACCUUCCUGGUCAGUGAGCGCUGUCACCCCCAGACGCUGGCUGUGCUGUACUCGCGCGCCGAGGGCUUCGGUAUCAAGAUUGAGGUGGCGGAUGUGUUGAAGGACAACAGUAAGAGGGUCGAGGAGCUGGGACAGGACCUCGUGGGUGUACUGGCACAGUACCCUGACACAGAAGGCGGGGUCAACGACUUCCGCGGUUUGGCAGACAAGGUUCACAAGACGGGUGCGUUGUUCAGCGUGGCGACAGAUCUUCUGGCGCUUACGCUGCUCACACCCCCUGGCGAGUUUGGCGCGGAUAUCGCGUUCGGAAACGCGCAGCGCUUUGGUGUGCCGUUUGGGUUUGGUGGACCGCAUGCUGCCUUUUUCGCGUGUGACGACAAGUACAAGCGCAAGAUUCCCGGACGCUUGAUCGGCCUGUCGAAGGAUAGGUUGGGCAACCCGGCGGCGAGGCUGGCGCUACAAACCAGGGAGCAGCACAUUCGUCGUGAAAAGGCGACGAGCAACAUCUGUACGGCACAGGCGCUGCUGGCAAAUAUGAGUGCCAUGUAUGCCGUCUAUCACGGACCGAAUGGACUUCAGCAGAUCGCGAAGCAGGUUCUUGCGAAGGCGAGACUUGUACAACAGGCGCUUGUUGCCAAUGGGUUCAGGACUGGACAGCGCGGGAAGUUGGACAAUGCACCAGUUCUGUUUGACACCUUUGUGGUUGAGACAGGGGACAAGACAGACUCCAUCAUGGCUGAUCUCGAACGUCGACAGAUUCUCGUCAGGCGAAUCGAUGACAAGCACAUUGGCAUCUCCGUCGACGAGACCACCACUUCUGCGACCAUCACCAAUCUGCUUCAGCCAUUCAGGGAGAUUGGCAACGGAGACAACACGUCCUUCACCGAAGACGUCAACAUUGAGCUCCCAGAGCCUUUUAAGCGCACGAGUGAAUUCCUCACACAUCCCGUCUUCAACUCGCACCACUCUGAAACCGAACUCCUUCGUUAUAUCAACCAUCUCGCAUCCAAAGACCUGUCUCUUGUUCACUCUAUGAUUCCUCUUGGGUCCUGCACCAUGAAGCUGAACGCCACUUCAGAAAUGGCCCCCGUCUCCUUUGAGACAGUAUCCAAUCUUCACCCCUUCCUGCCUCUCGAUCGUGCCAAGGGCUACACCGAGAUGAUCAAGCAGCUCGAAGACGAUCUGGCCGACAUCACUGGCUUCCACUCUAUCUCCCUCCAGCCCAACUCGGGCGCUCAAGGCGAGUUCACGGGUCUUCGUGUAAUCCGGAAGUACCUCGAACAGCAGCCGGGCAAGAAGCGCGACAUCUGCCUUAUUCCUGUAUCUGCACACGGCACCAACCCUGCUAGUGCUGCCAUGUGCGGCAUGCGCGUUGUGCCCAUCAAAUGCGACACUGCGACCGGUAACCUCGACAUGGCCGACUUGCAAGCAAAAUGUGAGAAGCACAGUGAGGAACUGGGAGCCUUCAUGGUCACAUACCCCUCUACAUUUGGCGUCUUUGAGCCAAACGUAAAAGCUGCCUGUGACUUGAUCCACAAACACGGCGGACAAGUGUACAUGGACGGCGCAAACAUGAAUGCGCAGAUUGGGCUCUGCUCCCCCGGCGAGAUUGGUGCCGAUGUAUGCCAUCUCAACCUCCACAAGACAUUCUGCAUCCCCCACGGAGGAGGCGGGCCAGGCGUCGGUCCCAUCGGCGUCAAGGAACACCUAUCUCCCUUCCUGCCAGGACACUUGCGGGGUGAAACAGGCGGAGCGCAAGCCAUUCACCCCGUCUCUGGCGCCGCAUGGGGCUCCGCCUCCAUUCUCCCCAUCUCAUGGGCCUAUAUCAAAAUGAUGGGAAGCGUCGGCCUCACCCAAGCCACUAAAAUCACCCUCCUCAACGCAAACUACAUCCUCAGCCGCUUGAAACCGCACUACCCCAUCCUCUACACCAAUGCUGAAGGUCGCUGCGCCCACGAAUUCAUUCUAGACAUCCGCCCCUUCAAGGAAUCCUGCGGCAUCGAAGUCAUCGACGUGGCUAAGCGUCUGCAAGACUACGGCUUCCACUCGCCCACCAUGUCCUGGCCUGUCGCCAACACACUGAUGAUUGAGCCGACCGAGUCCGAGUCAAAGGCCGAGUUGGAUCGUUUCUGCGACGCCCUGAUUGCGAUUCGACAGGAGAUUCGCGAGGUCGAGGAGGGCAAGCAGCCGCGCGAGGGUAAUGUGCUCAAGAUGAGUCCGCAUACACAGCAGGAUCUCAUUCUGGGUGAGUGGCAGAGGAGUUAUUCGAGGGAGAAGGCGGCCUAUCCGUUGCCCUGGUUGAAGAGUAAGAAGUUUUGGCCCAGUGUCGCACGCUUGGACGAUGCAUACGGCGACACAAACCUCUUCUGCACCUGUGCCCCCGUCGACGGAGACGCAGGCGACAUCACGGGUGCCGCCGCACCUACACCUACCUGA